AUGCGGCGGAACUGCCGUCCCGUCACGGGGCGCCGCCGCUCCCGCACGCAGCCACCACCGCCGCUCUCAGAGGACGACAUGCGGCGGCGCGUCAUGUCGGCAGCUCUCUCGCAGUGGGAAUUGCCGUUGCAACUGAAACAUCAGCACCAGCAGUCGAGUGCUGCGGAGGAAGAUGCGGUUGAGGCCAAGGUACUCUUCACGCCGUCGAGGACGCCGCAACCAAAGAAACCGACAGAGGAAACUUCCAUUAGCCAACUGGGAUUUUCUCCUGUUUCUUUUGUUACUGCUGCUGCUGUUGAUGAUGGUGAUGCUGACGAUACCCCGCCAUGUACGAGCUCCAAAAUGUACGAGCUCCAAAAUGCCUAG